CGGAAGAGUCCGGCUGGGAGACGGCGCAGCAGCUCAUAACCAGCAUCCGCAACAAGGCAACUCCAGAGGAGGUGCUGAAGGUCCUGGACGGCAUCAACAACCCUCUGAGGGGGGAGCUGGCUGGCGAUGAGAUGACUCCUCCAUACAACCCGCUUCAGAUUCAAGUCUUUGUUCAGACCAUUCUUUACCUCGGGUCCAAGAGCUUCUCUCACUCCUUCGCUGGCAUCACCAAGUUCCUGCCUGUUUUUGAGACGAUCGUUGUGGGGGGCGAGGAAGCCCAGAUGUUGGUGCUGAAGGAGAUGCAUAGCAUGUGGCAGAGCCACCAGCAGAUGAUGGUGGUGCUCGUCGACAAGUUCCUGCGCACCAAAGUCGUGCAAUGCGCCACUGUCGCCAACUGGAUCUUUGGCAAGGAUAUGGCCGCUGACUUCACGAA